UGCCUGGGUAACGUAACAACCACGUCAUCACGUUUGUGCGUCCAACUAUUUCCGGUUCGAGUAGCAGCCAUCUUGUUUCCUCUUGCUAGCUAAAUAAAAUAAAUAAUACGCUGAGCCGGACUUCACUUCGAACACGUUAAACAAACAGAUUAGAGGAUGUCCGCAGAUGCGUUCGGAGCCGGAGGCAGCGAUGCCCAGCAAACCCUGCAGUCCUUCUGGCCUCGAGUCAUGGAGGAGAUCAGGAACCUGACUGUGAAGGAUUUCCGUGUGCAGGAGUUGCCACUGGCCCGGAUCAAAAAAAUCAUGAAGCUGGAUGAGGACGUCAAGAUGAUCAGUGCAGAGGCUCCGGUCCUGUUUGCCAAGGCAGCACAGAUCUUCAUCACAGAGCUCACACUCAGAGCAUGGAUCCACACCGAGGACAACAAGAGACGCACGCUACAGAGGAAUGACAUUGCCAUGGCGAUAACAAAGUUUGACCAGUUUGACUUCCUGAUCGACAUUGUGCCCCGGGACGACCUGAAGCCGCCUAAAAGACAGGAGGAGAUGCGUCAGUCAGUAGCUCCUGCCGAGCCGGUGCAGUACUACUUCACUCUGGCGCAGCAGCCUGGAGCUGUGCAGGUUCAGGGUGCUCAGCAGGGCCAGCAGCCCGGGGCACAGACAGCCACCACCAUCCAGCCUGGACAGAUCAUCAUCGCUCAGCCACAGCAAGGACAGAUGCUGCAGGGUGCCACCAUGCAGCAGUUUCAGCAAGUGCAGAUGCUGCAAGGUGCCACCAUGCAACAGUUACAGCAAGUGCAGGUGCAGUCACAGGGCACACCCAUCACGAGUGCACCUGUAACCAUGCAGGUGGGUGACGGCCAGCAGGUACAGAUUGUCCAAGCCCAGGGUCAAGCUCAGCAAGGUCAAGGUCAGGGCCAAACCAUGCAGGUCAUGCAGCAGAUCAUCACCAACACAGGGGAGAUCCAGCAAAUUCCGGUGCAACUAAACACAGGCCAGCUGCAAUACAUCCGUCUAGCCCAGCCUGUGUCCGGAGCGCAAGUGGUUCAAGGACAGAUCCAGACUCUCGCCAAUGCCCAGCAGCUCACACAGGCAGAUGUACAACAAGGACAGCAGCAGUUCAAUCAGUUCACUGAUGGACAGCAGUUGUAUCAGAUUCAGCAGGUGACGAUGCCGGCAGGACAGGAGCUGACCCAACCGAUGUUCAUCCAGUCCACCAACCAGACGGUGGACGCACAGGUCACGCAGGUCAGCACAGACUGAGCCCAACCAGGAACCUUUUUCUCCACACACACACAACAUGCAUACCAGACCAUGUGAUGCGGCCAGAGGACACCGACUUGGACAAUGGACACUUUUAAAUUUCAAGCACUGCUCUUGUAGAAGAGGGACAUGAAACGUUAUUUGUUUUUGUAAUACAUUUAGGGUUAAGACACAAAAAAGGGACUCUGAUUUAUCCAAAAGUUCGUGUUAAGUUUCGUCGAUGGUUAGACACAGGUGUACAUUCACCUACAUCUGUAGAGAAAAUAUGCAUCCACUGCCACAGUCCCUGAAAAGUCUCUACACGGAUCAUCUAUUCUUCCUCUCAUCUCAUGUCCAAACCUCAAAGAUUUUCUAAACAUACAAUUGUGCUUUAUUUCUUGCUCCUGGAUUUCUGCUCUUUAUUUGGAAAUGAAUUGGGAAUACGUCUGUCUCUGUCUAUACGACCUGCUCCUGGCAUCACUGUGGGAUUCUUCACAUCCUGCUUUCCUUCUGGGACACCACAAGUAAUACUUUAUUGUUUUCAAUGUAGUUGCUGGAUACAUCGAAGCCAUAUACCUCAUAUAUCACUUUCUACAACAGUCAAUCUAAGAGAUCUUGAGAAGAGGUUAUAAGGUUCAAUGAUGCAUUUAGUUUCUCUUUUGUGUUGUAUUCCUCUUUGAUGAUGAAGCAUGACUUUAUGUUUUAAGGGCUUCAAACUGUAGAGGUUCAUUUUGUAUUUGUGCUUUUAUUUCGAGAAGACAAACAGUCAUCAAUACUCCUCCGUGUUGUUCCUUUCUUCCUCUCGUUGUCUUUAGAGCGGAGAAUCUCUUCUCUGCCUCUGCAGUUUCCCACAACCCUCUCUGCCCGGCUGGUUUUAAAGUCGUUUGCCCUCGUUUAAGUCUCAUGUACAAACACAUGACUCCGUCUGGAGCCAAAAACCUUUUUAUAAAACCUUUUUUUCUUUUGGUUUUGAGAUGAUGUUUUGUUGCAUAUCUUCCCCCCUCAUUUUUUGUACAGUAAUGAUUAUGAAUGUUCUUAUAAUUGUUGUUUUCGCAUGUAGUUAAAACUGCCAGCAUGACAUGCAAUAGAUAGGUACAGUUUUAUUUUUGAUGUUCCUUUUUGUAAGCAAACUUUGUUUGUGAGAAAAAAAUAAAAACCAUAACUUGU